UGCCCUAGCCGAGAUGACAGGCUUGCCUCGGCAUGUAUCUUCCCUUGAUGCUGCUAACCUGACACUCGAUCCACUUGCCAGUCCAUCCGGCACCACGGGCAUGACAGGGUCAUCUGUAACAUAUGAUGUGGGAUGUAUAUAGUGGGAGAGAUUCGUCGGCCUCAUCGCCACCCAGUCCACAAAGGCCGUCAAUAACACCUGUCGCAGAGCUUUUCCAUGAUGGCGCCAUACAGCAGUCUCUUCCUUCUUGCCAUUGUUGGCCUCAGCAAUGCUGCUCCCUCCAGGGUGCAACACACCCCAAACACGGCCAUUCACCCUCGUGCUGUCUGUACCCCAACCUCCAGCGGGGAUUCCUCAACUGACGAUGUGCCCGCCAUCACCGAGGCUCUCACCUCAUGCGGAAACGGGGGCACCAUUGUCUUUCCCGAGGGCAGCACAUAUUAUCUCAACAGUGUUCUGGAUCUGGGCAAGUGCAGCAAUUGCGACAUCCAAGUGGAAGGCCUGUUGAAAUUCGCCAGUGACACCGACUACUGGAGCGGCCGAACCGCCAUGAUCAGCGUCUCCGAUGUGGAUGGGUUGAAGCUGCGAUCGCUGACAGGCUCUGGUGUCAUUGAUGGAAAUGGCCAGGAUGCGUAUGACCUCUUUGCGCAGGAUAGCAGCUACAAGCGGCCCACCCUCCUGUACAUCACCGGUGGUAGCAACAUCGAAAUCUCCGGGUUGCGCCAGAAGAACCCUCCCAAUGUGUUCAACUCCGUCAAGGGUGCCGCCACAAACAUCGCCUUCUCGAACCUGCGCAUGGAUGCGACCUCCAAGUCGGACAACCCGGCCAAGAACACGGACGGGUUCGACAUCGGCGAGAGUACCUAUGUGACCAUCACCGAAGUGACCGUCGUCAACGAUGACGACUGCGUGGCCUUCAAGCCCAGCUCCAACUAUGUGACCGUGGACACGAUCAGCUGCACUGGCUCCCAUGGUAUCUCCGUGGGGUCCUUGGGCAAGUCCAACGCCGACUCGGUCAAGAACAUCUAUGUCACCGGAGCUACCAUGAUCAACUCCACCAAAGCGGCCGGCAUCAAGACUUAUCCGAGUGGGGACAGCCACGGCGUGUCGACUGUCAGCAACGUGACGUUCACCGACUUCACCGUCGAAAACUCCGACUACGCCUUCCAGAUCCAGAGCUGCUAUGGCGAGGAUGACGACUACUGCGAAGAGCAUCCUGGCAACGCGCAGCUGACGGAUGUUACCGUGUCGGGCUUUAGUGGCACGACCAGUGAUAAAUAUGACCCGGUUGUGGCCAACAUUGACUGCGGUGCGGACGGAAAGUGUGGCAUCACCAUCAGUGGAUUCGAGGUCAAGGCGCCCUCGGGAGAUGCGGAAGUCCUGUGCGCCAAUACCCCAUCGGACCUUGGCGUGACUUGCACCUCGGGGGCUUCGGGCUAAGGGCUUUCGCUAGAAGAAUGAUCUCGGUGCCCAUGUGCUGCCGAUCUUCGUCAUUGUGAUUGAUCAGUCUGUACCGUGGGGAGCCACGGGGAAAGUGACUGUAAACAGUCAGUGCACAAUAAUCUGGAAAUCAUAAAAUACCGUCAUUCCCGUGAAUAGUGCCCAGGUAUCCA